CAUCGUUCCUGUAUUUCAAUGUUGAGUUACUCCACGGAACAUGUACACCAUUUCUUCGAAAACUCAUGAAUGAAUAUCACGAUGGUGGAUUUGAGAACAUAGAGCAUGUAUUCACCAGCAGUAUCAUAUAAUUUUCAUUCUAGGCUCGGGAGUAUGACAUUGUAAUUGUAUCAAUUAAAGUGCGAAACUGGUCUGUCCCGCCGGCCUCACAGCGACUUUUGCCCACAGGCAAGAAUGGGUUUCAGAACUACGGGCUAAUUCUGCAAGUAAUAUUUUUACCUUUUUUUUGGUGUCUGGAGUUCCAAGCAGCCGUCUUCUCCAUAUACUGAGGUAUCCAGCUUCACCUGCAAUAAAGAAUCGAGUUCUCGAACAAUAAACAACAAUACAAAGAAGGCAUACCACAUCACAAGGAAAGGGUCCAAAUAUAGUAUCACAAUAACGAGAACAAUAGGCACACAACAAUAGGCAAGCAGCACACUGCAGCUUCAUUGUACUUUCUUUGAUUCUAUUGUUCAGAGUUUUCCGCCUAGUUUUCUGCUGAAUUCCAUGUAUUUAAGUUGGGCUCGAAACUUCCCGUCUUGCAAUAAUUGGCAUCAUAUCAAUUUCCAAUCAGCUAUCCUGUCUUCAUAGUCCUCGGUUUAUACUAUACUUUGCAGGAUCUUGAACUCACUUGAGCAAUCCACUAAACCUCUCGAAAAAAAAAGACACUUGCUAGACUUCUCUUGCAUUAUGGUAAACCUUUUGGACCCGGCGUAUCCGUUAACCCGCAGGGCUGCUCGAGCACGACAACACCCUAUCGGGCCUAACAUGUUCGUGCUGACACGACAUCUGAACAUACCUCAGGCGGCAAAUACCAACAUAACUCAGGGAACCACCACUGUUUUUCAAGCGUACAAAGACAAUGUCGCAGGGACCUUCAGAAAAUCAUGGCCAAUUCGUCGCAGGUGGAAACGCAGCAUGAGAAUAGCCAAUAACACCGGCGUGGCUUGCUACCAGAACUCUGCGAUCCAGAGCUUGAUGCACCUUCCGAAAUUCGUGAACUGGAUUCUGACCCACAAUCAGCAGGACAAUGGAGGCAAUAUCGACUGGCCGUGCGACAGGUCAGGGGAGCUUCGAACUUGUGUCGCCUGCGUGUUGAAGAACCUUGCUCUUGUUUACUGGAUGAACCGGAACUUGCGGCCCACACAUGUCUUGACGCAUGAACCCGAAUUGCGAGCUUUUCGCACUCUGGCUCAUCGGAUCAACAAUGAACGAGAGGGUUCCAGUACUAGACCACCCAGACAGCAAGACGCCGACGAGUUUCUGAGACAUGUUUUCACUCAUUUGGAGCACUCAACACAGGCAAACAUUGUGACGCGAAUCAACGACGAGUUCGAAGCUUUGUUCCAAUUAUACACCCUAUUCCUAAGGGUUUGUGAUGACUGCAAGACAUCACGACCCGGUAGCCAACACUAUCUAUCCGUUGGAUUAGAUACGAUGAACCGGUUCCCAGAUAACCGGGAGGAUAGCGUUCAGGGCGUCAUUGACAGACAUUUUGCCGGAGAUGAACCCUACACAACCACCGACCCAGCUUGUUCAUGCGGAAGUAGCAGAGUACAACGACCUUACGAAAUCGUAUCUGCACCGCUAUAUCUACGUGUUGUACUCCCGGCACAUGUGCCGUUGGAUCCAACGCGUAGACAUAAAAGACACGAUCAUUUUCCUCUUGACAAGACAAUUGACCUGACACACUGGCAACAAGACCCCAGUACACCGCUUCGCUACAGGUUGCGGGGGGCUAUGCGCCAUAUCGGAGAUUCUGUCAACACGGGACAUUACAUUGCAGAUGUCACUGGACCUGAGGGAAAGAUAUACCGAACAAACGACGCUUGGGAUGUUCUGAGCAACCUUCCCGUUGGUAGGCGAAUGAUCGACAAUCCCGUGCCUGCUACAAAUCUAGAUUCUAACGAUGAUGACGCCGAUGCUUAUACAUUGUUUUACGAACGAAUCAAAAACUAG